UGGGGGCUGCAGGCUGCGCCCUGGCGGCUGCGCUGCGUGAAUCCCAGCACCAGCUGACCCGUGACAGCACAAGCUCCUCCCGCACCAGGACGUGAUCGUGGGGUUCGUGUCCACGGCGUCCGUGGGGCAGGCAGGCAGGGGCAGGGCUGCAUCCAGCUCUGUGUGUGAAUGUACUCUCCGAUCAAAGGUCCCCUGCGCACAGAUAUGAGCUGUGAAGAGCUCUAGCAGCUGGCCAGCUCUCCCUCUGCAGAUCACUUUCAUGUGCCUUCUAAAACUUUUACUUUUUUAAGUUAAUUUUUUUACUAUUUUGUACCAAAGAUGUCGUGCCUUUUAUUGGGAGUGAUACGAAGGCAAGGUGGUGUUGGUGCGAGUGUUGGGGCUCGGUGUCUAGCCUCAGUCCCCUCGCUACCACCGGCGGUGGCUGAUUUUGUGAAAGGAGCAGUAGAUGAGUGCAAACCUGCCAACGUUCAUGUGGUCACCGGGACUCCAGAGGAGACGGCCAACAUCCUGGCAGGUCUGGAGAGGGAUGGGAUGGUCAAGAGGCUUCCCAAAUAUGACAACUGCUGGCUGGCGCGCACCGACCCAAAAGACGUGGCUCGGGUUGAGAGCAAGACUGUGAUUGUGACCAAGAACCAGCGAGACACCAUCCCUGUCCCCGCUGGGGGGGCCCAGAGCCAGCUGGGAAACUGGAUGAGCGAGUCGGAUUGGCAGAAAUCUCGACAGGAGCGGUUUCCUGGCUGCAUGGCAGGUCGGACCAUGUAUGUGAUUCCCUUCAGCAUGGGUCCAGUAGGCUCCCCUUUGAGUAAAUAUGGUGUUCAGGUUACAGACUCGCCGUACGUCGUGGCCAGUAUGGGGAUCAUGACACGGAUGGGCACCCCUGUUCUCAACAAACUGUCUGAAGGAGGGGAGUUUGUGCGCUGCCAGCACACGUUGGGACGACCUUUACCUCUCACAUCUCCCCUGGUCAACUCCUGGCCCUGUAACCCCGAGAAAGUGCUGAUAUCUCACUUGCCAGACACCAGGCAGAUCUUGUCCUUCGGCAGCGGUUAUGGAGGCAACUCUCUUCUAGGCAAAAAGUGCUUUGCCCUCCGCAUCGCUUCUCGCAUCGCCAAGGAUGAGGGCUGGCUGGCCGAGCACAUGCUGAUUCUGGGAAUCACCAACCCCCAGGGAGUGAAACGUUACGUGGCGGCGGCCUUCCCCAGCGCCUGUGGUAAAACCAACCUGGCCAUGAUGAAACCGGCUCUGCCCGGGUGGAAGGUGGAGUGUGUGGGUGACGAUAUUGCCUGGAUGAAGUUUGACAGUCAAGGUAAACUAAGAGCCAUCAACCCAGAGAACGGCUUCUUCGGUGUGGCUCCAGGCACUUCUGCUAAGACCAACCCCUACGCCAUGGCAACCAUCGCCAAAAACACGGUGUUCACCAACGUUGGCGAGACCAGUGAUGGAGGAGUGUGGUGGGAGGGACUGGACGCCCCUGCUGCAGGGGUCACUCUAACAGACUGGCACGGCAACCCCUGGAAGAAAGGAAGCUCAACAACUUGCGCCCACCCUAACUCCCGCUUCUGCACCCCGGCUGCUCAGUGUCCCAUUAUCGACCCCAAGUGGGAGAGCGCGGAGGGGGUUCCCAUCGACGCCAUUAUCUUUGGAGGCAGGAGGCCAGAAGGUGUUCCUUUGGUCUAUGAGUCUUUCAACUGGCAACACGGAGUGUUUGUUGGAGCGGCAAUGAGGUCGGAGGCCACAGCGGCUGCUGAGUAUAAAGGAAAGAUGAUCAUGCAUGACCCCUUCGCCAUGCGGCCGUUCUUCGGCUACAACUUCGGUGAUUACCUCGCUCAUUGGCUGAGCAUGCAGAACCGAAAGUCCCCCACUCACUUGCCCAAGAUCUUCCAUGUCAACUGGUUCAGAAAGGACCCCGACACCGGCGCCUUCCUUUGGCCAGGGUUUGGCGAAAACGCCCGCGUGCUGGAGUGGAUCUUCAAACGCUGCAGCAGAGAGAGGGAAGACGAGGCAGCUAAGAGGAGCAUCGUCGGCUGGCUGCCAGAGCAAGGCGCCAUCGACACCAAAGGGCUCGGCGGCAAUGUAGAUAUGGGAGCCCUGUUUGAUGUGCCCAAGGCUUUCUGGCAGAAGGAGACCAAGGAGUUGCGAGCCUACUUUAGCCAGCAGGUUGGAGCCGACCUGCCAGCUCAGGUGGAGGCGGAGCUGAAGGCGCUGGAGGAUAGAGUGCACAAAUAAAAGCCCACUGAAAGGACUCAGAUAAUCACCGUGGAAUCAGAGCCGCUGACAUCAUUUGUAUACACGGAUAAUUCAGGUUAUUUAUCAAUCAGUUCUCAACUUUAAAACAAAGAUUAAAAACUGCGUUUAAUCAGCUCAUACAGGUGAACGACUGGCAGGUCACUGUGGUACAGAAACAUCCUGCUGCUUGUUGGUCUGUUGAGGAAAACUCAGUCACUCAGUGCCAGUAGGGAAAUGUCUGUGUGCAUGAAAAUCGUCAGCGAGCUCUGCCUCCCUCUCUGUGAAGACAAAUUCAUUAGGAAAUAAUCUACAAUGCAAAAGGUACUUUUUGGACACUAUUUCACACUUAUGCUGCAAUACUUGAGGAAAGUGGUGCUGAGCUGGUGAUAGGAAGGAGCUCUAACUCUCAAGAUGCCUUGCAGAGAAGCUAAUGCCACUUCCUCCGUCCCACUCACAAGUCCUGCUGGAGCCUAAUCAAACCUGGCCUCGUAGUGCCUUUACCAUGUUUAACAAUCCCGGUGUCCAGCAUGCUGGUGUUUACAGGCUGAAGCCCAAAGAGCCUUUUUUAAGUCAGUUCUGACUCUUAAAAGGUAUAAACAUUAAAAGCUUUAAUUGUAAUUCUUUAGGAUCAAAACCCCUUUAUUUUAGACUGAGAUCAGCACAACAAAACAUUUAAUUACUGAGAACACUGAAGCGGACUUCCACGAGGGCCCAGGAUGCAAUAUUUGUCCAUCCACUUCUGUAAUGUUUGCAAUUAAAACUGUAUGAUUUCAUCUGAUGUUUACACUCAAUAUAUGAAAUGUUGGACCAAUGACUGCGACUGAGAUUAUCAGGUUUUUUUCAGAAGUGUUUUUUUUUUUAUGAAAGUGCAAUGAAUAAACAUUUUCAAAUGUGAA